ACCACCGCACCGCACCUGGCCUGGGCCUCCCUGUCUACCUAUCUUCGAAGCCUGACCGCCGUCGUCUUCCAAUUCCACAAUAUGCAUUUCGCUUUGCCUCCGCGGAAAACCUCGCGGCCGCCGCCAUAUGCUGCACGCAAUAACAGCUCCCUACCGAUCCCCCCUGCGCUCAAGAACCUGUUGCGAAGGGAUAAGCUGCGAUUAGUCGUGGUCGGUAUAUUAGGUUUCCUAACAGUUAUCUGGCUUUUGGGCAAAUCAGGGAAAGAUACUGCGCCCAAAUCUACAACUCCCAUACCAAAGAUACCCAAGGUUGCAAUUGGUAGUGGCCCGCCUGUAGUCAUUGUUACAACAAUUGAUCCCAAGGCCGACCCAGCGUGGGUUCAGAAGAUCAAGAAGAACAGGGAAGAUUAUGCAAAGAAGCACGGCUACCUUACCUUCUUCCCCAACAACGACCAGUAUCCGACCGGAAAAUCACCUCUAUCAUGGGCCAAAGUUCCAGCUAUCCGACACGCCAUGACUGAAUAUCCAGGCUCCACGUUCUUUUGGUAUCUUGAGAGCACGGCGUUGAUCAUGAACCCCUCGCUUGACCUACAGUCCCAUAUUCUCAAUCCCUCCAAACUAGAGAAGAGCAUGAUUGUCAACGAGCCAGUCGUGCCUCCAGACAGUGUCAUCAAGACUUUUGGAAAUUUGAAGGGAGAUCGCAUAGACUUUGUCGUAACGCAAGACAAAGAAGGUCUCACACCGACCAGCAUCAUCGUGCGCAACGGCGAAUGGGCCAAAUACUUUCUCGAUGCUUGGUUCGACCCCAUCUACCGGAGUUACAACUUCCAGAAGGCCGAAAGCCACGCGUUGGAACACAUUAUCCAGUGGCAUGGAACUAUGCUUGCCAAGCUCGCCCUCGUGCCGCAAGACCUCCUCAACUCGUACGCCAGCGGUCCUGCCAACCCGAAAUUUGGUCAGUACAAGGAGGGUGAUCUCGUUGCCAACUUUGCGGGCUGCGCAAAGGGCAAAGAUAAGGAAAGCUGUCCUGAACAGAUGAAACCUUUCUUCGAUAUCUUGGAUCAGGCACAAUAG